ACCUCAGUAGGAGGCUGUUUUUAAAGCUCCAGCUCUGAGGCAGGCGGUACAAAUAGCAGCAGCGGCAGCAUGAGGUACACAAAGAAAGAGUGACAAUAUGACGAUAAGCAAACUGUCCCACAGCAUGAUGACAGUGACAGAGUUGGAGGAGUUUCUGAGAAAACCACCAGCUGGUUUCUCUGUGGAGGCUCUCAGCUCGGGUUACAGAAUCCACAGCACCGACAACAAGAACAUGGUGCUCAUCGAUGAUUUCCAAUCCUGCAUGGGGAACAUAGUUUUUCAGAACUCGCUGGGAAGAAAAGUCAAAAUGCACAAUCUGUGGGAGUACACCAGCAUCAGAAAGAGUCUGCUGUCCAAGACUGUCUAUCUGCUGGUGUCUGCCUGCAAGGAAAACUUAUCAACGAAGAACAAAAGUGCAGCCGGUGAAGCCAGAGUGCUGAAGCAGUUUGUGGUGUCCAUCGAUGGCAGCUGUCCUCUCACCAAGUGGCAGAUGGAGAAAGGCCUGGACUGGACGAUCUCCUCCGUGGCUGGGGAAAGCUACAGGGUGGAUAUUGACUUGACUGAGGAGCUGGAGAGCUGGGCAGCGAAAAACCUCACAACUGACGAAAUGAUGCAAGUCAAACCCAUGUGGAAAGACGCCGGCUUCACCCUCAAAUACUACUCGGAUGCCCUCUUUGACUUCCCACACUGGUUUGGCUUCAGCAAAAGAACAUUUAAGCUGAAACUGACAUGAGCCAGCUGUGGAUGAAGUGCAAAGAAAAGAUUAUCUGCUCAUUGUUUGGCAGAGACUGUGUCCGCUUCUUCAAGAAAACCGAGAAAAAGGAGUUUCUUGAUCAACAGAUGUGUGGUUGUAACACCAGCCCGCCAUGUGAAGGACUUUUCUACCUCUGGGGACUGCAGAUUAGCAGCGAGGUCCACAUUUCUGUAAUGUUCAGUGGAUGGAGUCCCCUGACAUUGCUGAAAAAUUCUGAAUGGCAUACAGCUUGUUUGGGCAAGCAAUGUGUAUAAACAGAUUUUUAUGUGUGUAAAUAUUCCAACUGUUGUGCUGUAUAGGUGGUUAAAAGGGUCAAAUCUGUGCUGGUCAAAAGUAAAUUGUUUGCAUACUUUUGCACUUUUAAGAAUCAGCGUGUUUUAUAUUUUUUUUAUUUUACCAACCUCAAAUACAAUAAACGCUUUUAGAAAAACA